CCGCUUUUGUUCUUGCGAGCAUAUGCCGCGGGAUGGCGCACUGAAGCCGUAUGUGUCAGGAUUCCCUUAAACCUCGUAUACUCUUCUCUGCAUGUUUUCUCUACACGAUAAUUUUAUACAUAAUAUACUCAACAGCUACCUGGAAAAUGAUCUGAAAAGAGAUGAUAGCUGAGCCAACGUUAAUCAACAAACCAUCGGUUCAAAACGAGAACGAAAUUGUGGAUCAUAAUUGUUCUGGGGCUGCGAACCGUGCCAGUGGAGGGAGAAAUGAGAACAGACAGAAGACCGUGAGAGGGAAAAGGAAGGCCCGAGAGGGGGUGGAGAAUGCCAAACGCAAGCACUCCAGAACCAGCAAUGGAGGCCUGGGCAGAGCAGAGAACGGGCGCCCCAGCAAGAGGGACACGGAGUCGGUCACCCUGUUUGAAGUGGUCACCAUGGGCCGAGGGGCCAUCCAGGCCGUGGUGGAUGACUGGAUCGAGGCCUAUGUGAUGGACAGAGACACCGCUCUCCUGGACCUCAUCAGCUUCUUCAUCCAGUGCUCAGGGUGCAAAGGGUUGGUCACAGCAGAGAUGUUUCAGAGCAGAGACAUUGAUGUCAUGAGCAAAAUGGUGGAGGAUCUUGAUGAAGGUUCGGGAUUGCAGUACAAGAGGUUCAUGGCUUUCCCCUGGAUCCUCACUGUCACUUGGCCCAUGGACGUGGACUCUGGUGAGUAUCCUCUCAUCAUCACCACUCAGUACUGGAAGCGCUUCCGCUCGCAGUUCUGUGAGUUUGUGUCGGUGCUGGUGACACGCUGUCAGAACUGCAUCAUCUUCGACGGCUACCUGAUGAGCACUCUGAUCUCGCUGCUGACCGAGCUCUCCGACUCGAGGCUGCGUGCCUUCAGGCACACCUGCACGCUGGCAGCGGUGAAGCUGCUCAGUGCGCUGGUGAGCCUGAGCGUGAACGUGGACAACAGCCAGAAGCUGCUGGAGGUGGAGAGGUCCAAGUACCCCGGCCGCCAUGCCUCGCCCCGCCUGGAGCGCAUCCAGAGGAAGGUGCUGGAGCUGCAGGAGAGGAAGCUGGAACUGGAGAACAUGAUGGAUGCCAUCUUUAAGGGGGUCUUCCUCAAGCGCUACAGGGACGUGGUAGCCGAGAUCAGGGCCAUCUGUAUGGAGGAGCUGACGGUGUGGAUGCGCCUGUACGCCAGCGUGUUCCUGAAUGACAGCUACCUGAAGUACGUCGGCUGGAUGCUGCACGACAAGCAACCAGACGUGCGCCUGAAGUGUGCUCUGGGACUGCAGGGACUGUACCUGGAAGAAAACCUCAGCCUCAAAAUGGACCUCUUCACCAUUCGCUUCAAGGAGAGGAUGCUCUCCAUGGUGCUGGAUAAAGAUCACGAGGUGGCCAUGCAGGCUAUGAAGCUACUGAUGUCUGUCUCUAAGUACUGUGACGACGCCUUCUCUCAGGAUGACUUCAAGCACAUGUUCCAGUUCGUCUACUCCUCCAACCGGCCUCUGGCGGCCGCCGCGGGAGAAAUCCUCUACUGCAGACUGCUUGCUGAGCCUGACGUGGCGAACAGGGAGGGGGCCACAGAGGCGGAGCGGCACCGAGACCUGGCGCUGGCCAGAGUGCGCGCCCUGAUGCACUUCUCAGAGGACAGCGAGCUGCAUGAGCACGUGGUGUACCUGGUGGACAGCCUGUGGGAGUGUGGAGGGGCCGUGCUCAGGGACUGGGCCUCACUCACCUCGCUGCUCCUGCAGCCUUCGCCAUCCUCCUCCUCUUCCUCCUCCUCACCUCCAGCCCAGGAGCAAGUUGUGAGCCCUGCUGAGCUGCGCUUUGUGCUCGAGGUCCUGUUGGCAUCGGUCAGACAGGCGGCAGAGGGACCUCCACUGACGGGCAGAGCCACAGGCAAAAAGGUUAUCGGUGCUAAAGACAAGAAGAGUCAGCAGGAUGAGUGUGUCGGCCUCACGGCUCACCUGCUGAGGGUGCUGCCUCAGCUGCUAUGUAAAUACUCAGAGGAUGUGCAGAUGAUGACGUCGCUACUCAAAAUACCUCAGUACUUCCAGGUGGUCACGUCAGGAGAGGAACACAGCGAGGCUGUGCAGGGCCUGCUGGCUCGGAUGGAGGCUGCUGUGAGCGGGCACACUGACCAGGCUCUGCUGGAGGCCGCUGCCCGCUCCUACCUGGCACUCCGCUCCGACGAGUCCCCCUGGCACGACCGUGUGAUCCCCGUCAUGGACCAGCUCAUCCAGCGCUGGACCACUCACCUGGGAACGCUUUUAGAAGACGUGCUAAAGGAGGGACACUUCACUGAGGAUAAAGAAAAAGCUGAAGAAGUUCUGUCCACACUGAGAAAACUUACUGCUUUCCAUAAUGGUCAACACAUGUCCAAGUGGGGACUGCAUGACCAGGUGUCUAAACUGCUCAUAGCGGAGACCAAGCAUGGAGGACUUCCUGCGGAGGUGGUGGUGGAAGCUAUGCGGUGUGUGGGUCUGUCUAUCCUCUGGAAGCUCCACAGCUUCGGUGAGGUGGCUGCCUCAAGGGAGGCAGUCAUCCGCCAGAGGACCCAGCUCCGAGCCUUCUGUGAGAAAUGUCAUCGCUGCCUCACCCACAUGGAGCAGCAGGUCCGGGAACAGGCCUUUGUGUCCCUGUGUGACGUGCUGGUGGCCCAUAACUACCAGCUGCAGGUGUGGGAGCCGGCCUCAGGCACCCCUCUGCUGCUCUACGCCCCCGACCCCAAGCUGCAGAAGGCCCUGGUCACCUUCAUCCUGGACCACGUCUUCACCGGCGCCGAGACCGACGGCCACAGCACCCGGGUCAGUGGUUUGGACACUGAGUGUGGCAGUACUCGGCUGGAGGACCUGCACAAGCGGCGGAACCUGCUGGCUGCCUACUGUAAGCUGAUCGUGACCAGCGUGCUGGAGAUGAGCCUGGCUGCAGAGAUCUUCAAACAGUACAUGAAGUACUACUCUGACUUUGGGGACAUCAUCAAAGAAACCCUGAACCGGACGCGGCAGAUGGAUAAGAUCGAGAGCGCUCGGACACUGAUGUUGUGUCUGCAGCAGCUUUACCUACGUCUGAAGCAGGAGCAGGAUGGCGGGAGCAUCGGGCGGCGCUCGGAUGUGCAGACCUACAGCAGCAUUAAGGAGCUGGCCCGCCGCUUCUCCCUCACCUUCGGCUGGGACCAGAUCAAGUCCCGCGAGUCUCUGGCCAUGAUCCACAGGGAUGGCAUUGAUUUUGUGUUCCAGGGCUUUGUUCAGCAGGCAGAGAAGCACGCUCCUCCCAACAUCACAUACCUCACCAUCCUCAGCGAGUUCUCCAGCAAGCUCCUCAAGCCAGACAAGAAGACUGUAUACAGCUACCUGCAGAAGUACGCUGGCGAGCACACGGUCAACAACCGGGAGGAGUGCUGGAAGCCGCUCAUCUACUACCGGGCCUCCCUGCAGGCCACGGCCGAGGGGGACGACACCGUCUCCUACAUCAGCUCCGACAGCAACCGGCCGUCACUGUCCAGCCACUCGCGCUGCCCCUCCGUCAGGCACGCGGCCUCAGACGGUGAGAUGAAGACCUCAACCCCACUCGCCUGCAUAGAGACCAAAGGCACCAGGCCCACCCCGAGGCCCCUCAGCAGUCCAAUCGAGAGAAAGGAGGCGGAACAGCGCCCUGUGGUCGGCGAAGAGCCAGUGGACAGCAUCUCGCAGGCCUCUGAAGAGCCGUCAGCGUCCAGAUACGACAACGACGAGGUGGACGUGGACAUAGUUGUAGGAUGAUGGCGGCGCUCACCCUGAUGUGUUCACUGGGAUUUAGUGUGACUGCAUAUCAUAGGCUUGACAAUGGAUUAGGAAUAGGAUUAGGCUUUGGAUAUCUAAUGACUGUAUUAUGAAUUGUACUCUGCAGACAUCGGGACCUCUACUACACCAUCCUGUCACAAAGACAGCAGUUGGUUUCUCUGAGCUGAUUACUGUCUUAAGUGAUUUGUGUCAAAAAGUUCUUAGAACUCACUUUGAGAACAGUCUCUUAGUAAGAUAGUCCCCCCCCACCCACCCACCCACCCACAGGGAACACUGAACACCUUUUACAGAAAAAUGGUUCACUGUAGAACUCUCUGAGCUAUUGAAUUUAAUGCAUAAAAUAUUAAGACUCUUGCCGGGAAACGGUUCUCUGUAGAACACUUAAAAUGUUCAGUCUCUUGCCAAGGUAGAGAUUGUUAGGAGAACCUUUUUUUAUUUUUUACAUUUGUGGGGACUUUUUCUAAGUUUUGACUAUGCUAGUGCCAUGCCUUCCUUUUUUUCAAUUUCCUGCAGCACGUAAAACUAUAUAUUUUUAUCUAAAUAUACAACAAUACAUUUGGGUUCUGAAUGGGUCUACAUGGGUUUACAUCAUCUCUCCAAUACGGUUCUGCUGUAAUACUGUGGACUUAUAUUGACCCCAUACUGACCUGUAAACAUCCCCAUAAAUAGCUAGCUUUAUUUUACUCAUGUUAAGCUUUAAGUACUUGCUGUUAAAUGACCAUUGUUUUGGACACAUUUAGGCAAUUGUGCAAUGUUAUGUAAAUUAUUUUCAUAUCUUUUGCUAAAUGCACUUAACUUUAAUACUUUUAAGUUCUGUUGUGUAUGCAGCAGCUUAAUUUUGUUUGAUGCACAAAUACACAUUUUAGGGUAAAAGAGGUAUUGAAUGCACUCCUGAUGAGGGACAUGUGUAGGACAUUUUGUUAUGUAGCAGACGAGUGAACUGUUGGCUUUGAGGCCGUCCAGUUGUACCCACACACUACAGCUUUAGGGGCCGUUAAGUUUGCAUUCGCGCUCACAUUCACUUGGCUAGAAAGCAAUAUGAAACCGAAAUACUCCCAUUGGCCUUAGUUUAAGGAAAUAGAAAGAGGAAUUAGGAACAAUGAAUUGAGUCAAAUACUGCUGCAUGAGAGCAGUGAGGGCAAAUGCAAACUUAAGUCACGGCUCAGCCACUGGUUUGGUCAGGUGAACUUCUUGGUAAUAUUUUUCUGGGAUAGUCUGCCUAGACAGAUUGAUGGUUUGAUGAAAUUCAAGCUCAAUCUUUCGAAUUUUGUUUGAACAAUUGGUGAACCAUUUAACCACAACCACAACCAUAAAUUGUUGCUAACAGAGCAUUUGCAGAUAAUGUGCUGAUCAUAUGAGCAUCUGUAUAUAUAGUCCAUAAGAAACUAUAAAGUGAAGUGCGACCGAUGUCCAAGUAGGUGUGAGUAGGAGUAUGUCUGAGUAGAAGAGAGGUUUUUGCCUCGUGCUCACCACUGUUCUUUUGCGUAUGGCAGCUCUCCAUGUACAUCUGUGACCAGUGGAUCCGUGUACUCUGUUCAACGUGUACGUCUAUGACCAAUAGAUCCGUGUACUCUCUGUUCAACUUGACGUUUUUUUACUUGUUCACUCUGGUCUGUAAGAAAAUGACUUACAAAAUAAUCUUUCUAAUGCACCUGUCCUGACACUAGGACUAAAAUAAAGCUUAAGAAGCU